UGCUUCAGAUCUAGCGGAAGACUUCUGAGGUGUUCGACCGUGGCCGAGAGUGAGGCUUACUAGGAAGCUGAGGAAGAUGAAGAAGCGAGGCCGAGGCCAGAAAGCGGCCGCGACCCAGGCCCUUCAGCCGCAGUCGGUGGGGCUUAAGAAAGACAGGAAGCCUAGCAUGUUCGAGAAGGAGUCAUAUGCACAGAUCUUAAAAGAAAGACUAAGAGAAUCAAUUCAUGAUGUUCAGUAUGUAGAACCUCCAUUGGAUGACUCAAUUGCUGACAUAGGUAAAGAGUGGAAGAGUGCCCUGUCAAAAUUAAAGUUUGCUAAUUCAUAUAGAAUGGAGCCUCUGAAGAAAUUUCAAGCUCAUACAGUAGAAACUAAAGUCCAGCAGAUAUUAAAGGAAAGUCUAAAAGAUGUCAAAUAUGAUGAUAGAGGCUUAUCUCACUUGUCACUUCAGUUGGCCGACCAAAUAUUGUUAGCAGUCAAAGAAUUUGGGUACCAACGUUAUAAAUUCAUUAUAAAAAUACUAUUUAUUCAAAAGACUGGUCAAGCAAUAAAUGUUGCCAGCAGAUGGAUCUGGGAUGUUGCAUGGGACAGCUGGGUGGAAGCCAAACACGAAACUGAAUCUUACGUGGCGUUGGCCUUGGUGUUUGCUGUUUACUGUGAAUAGCUUGGCAUGUACACUGAACAGUGUUCACUUCCCAACUUCAAAAAAUAAAUGAAAUGCAUGCAUUUAUGAAUCUUCUUCUUUUUUGGGUGGAAC